ACGCCCCAGUUUAUCACAAUCCGCCCUUGGCGCAAUUUCGCGACAGGUUCAGCUUGAGAAUUGCCGAAGCCUUGAGCAUUUUCUGGGAGUGCCUAUUUGCUAUUUCGGAGUUGUACGUAGUGCUCGACGCGACGGGUGGGCAGGCGAGCACCAUGGCUGUGGCCAAGGCUCAGGCUCUCAUCAGCCAGAAUGCAGUUGUUGUUUUCAGCAAGAGCUACUGCCCCUUCUGCUUGAGGGUGAAGUCUCUAUUGAAAAGUAUUGGCGCAGAAAUGAAAGUUGUGGAACUCGACGAAGAAAGUGAUGGAAGUGAUAUCCAAGCCGCUCUCGCCAAGCUGUCGGGACAACGCACUGUGCCUAACGUCUUCAUUGGUGGCCAGCACAUAGGAGGCCGUGAUGAUACGACCGCGAUGCACAAAAAGGGGCAGUUGUUGCCACUGUUGAAUGGUGCUGGAGCUUUGAAACCUGUAACUGCGUAGAUAUUUUGGUGGAUGAGAUGUGAUUGUAACAAUUUAUAGUUUUUUUAUUUAUAGUCGAGACAUAUGCAAUUAUGCAAAUUCUUCACUGGUUUUGCUCCAAUGAGAUAGCAUUCUUAGACCACACAUCUGAAAUGACUAGUUUUCUAUGUGGAGAGUUUCUGUUCCGAUGUUGAAUUUCAUUUGCCUGCUGUGAAGUAUACAGAGAAAAGAAUGUCACUACAAUUUGUAUACGUGACGUUGGAGUGAAACAUGAAAAUUGGAAAGAACCUAAAUUUACCCAUGUGGUCAAGAAGAAA